CACAACUUGGCCACAAAACAGUGCUCCUGCCAUGAACCUGGGAACCGGCCAGGGCGGCGCCGGAAGCGCGGGGUUUGGAGGAUUUAGCUCCGCCUUCGGUGCUACAACGGCAGCAUUCGGGUCCACUCCGUCCUUUGGCGCGGUCUCCGCGACUCCUACGUUCGGGACGACAACCACAACCUUCGGAGGACCGAGUCCUUCUGCGCCGACGACCGCAUUUGGAUCCGCAACAACGACACCUGCGGCAGUUGGUGCUUUGUCUGGGUUAGGGCGGUCUUCGUCGGCAGCGUUCAGUGCACCAUCCACUCUCGGUACCACGACAGCUUUCGGUGCACCCGCCCCUUCCACGGCAUUUGGUUCGACCACAGCGUUUGGCGCCGCGCCAGCCACGACGUUUGGAACAACUGCAACGCAGUCUACUUCAUCAACGGCAAGUAGCGGGUUUGGGGGAUUGAGCGCAUUUGGAUCAUCAACAUCUGCACCAACUGCGCCCUUUGGGACUACCACGACCACCUUUGGGAGCUCCACUGCACCUUCCUUUGGCAGUUUGUCUGCCACUCCAUUUGGGAGUGGUGCUGCACCGACCACCACGUUUGGCAGUACCCCGAGUAUCGUUCCAUUUGGAAGUGCUGCACCUACCACUGCAUUUGGAAGCACUUCGAAUCUUCUUGGCGGCGCGCCUGCUGCUGCACCUACAUUUGGUAACGCUGCUGCUGCUGCUGCACCCACAACUGCCUUUGGAGGUGCUUCGACCGUGUUUGGUGCUACUUCUGCACCUACGCCAUUUAGCACGUCUGCACCCCCUACCUUUGGCCAGCCCGCACCUGCAACUGUUGGAAACACCACGUUCCCCAGCGGCUCUGCUGCCCCCAGUGCAUUUGGCACUGCUGCACCUACCACAACAACGUUGGGAAGCUCCACUUCGUUUGGGAACGCUGCGCCUACACGUGCCACAGUCUUUGGAAGCACCAAGCCAGGUUCCACCACACUGGGUAGCGAGACAGCGAUUGGCAAGCCUGCACCUACCUCCACAUUCGGCAGCUCUGCACCUACCUCCACUGUGUUCGGGUCGUCCACGGCUGCACCUUCCAUCACGUUCGGAAAUGCGUCUGCACCUACAACCACAUUCGGGGCCACGGCGACCGCAUUUGGCAAUUCAAGUCCUCUGACACCGACGUUCGGAUUCGCCAGCGCUGCACCCUCGACCACCUUUGGCAGCGCAAAGCCAGCCACGACAUCGUUUGGCAAUGCUGCACCAGGUGCAGCAUCGACCACAGUGUUUGGCCGGGCAUCUCCUGCACCCACGACGACCGCGAGUUUCGGCCGCUCCUCGACGACUUUGUUUGGAAAGGCAGCGUCGUCCGGCAAAUCAUCUUCGGACGCGACGCUGCUAGACGUCAGGUCCUCCGGCGCCAAACCACCCCGACAGCCGCGGCAGCUCCCGGCGGUCUCCCUCAAGACUGCCGCGCCGCUUCCAUCUCCCGACACAUCUCCCACGAACGAUCGAAGCAAGGCGCCGCGGUCGGCCGCCGACGAUGGCGAUAUGACCAACGACGUGGAAAAGUUUGACCUGUCGACAGCCGUCACGAUUGAAGGUCUAUGCAUCGACAUGUGCUCGUCCAAGGAGCGAGAGGAGCAGAUUCGGUGCGACGACUUGAGCACGUUCGAGAAAGGAUCACCGCCGGAAGCGUUCAUUAUCAAGCGAUACCAGCGGUCCGCGGCCGACCACAAACUCGACAUUCCAUCCGAGAUUCGUCCGCUCGGGGUCCUUCGGCGCACGCAGCUCUACCUGGAGCAGAACAUCAUCGACUUGGACAAAUACGGCCCGGACCCGCGGUUCAACCCGCCGCGCGUUCCAGACAUUCUCGACUUGUACAACUUCUUUUGGAACCGCGCACGCAUGAUUCGAAACGAUUUCACGCUUCAAAACUACCGCGGCGGCGGCCGCCACCACGUGAUCGCGAUGGACGUACACGAGCGCAUUGCACGAUUCUUCAUCCUGUGCGAACACGAGCUGAUUGAAAACCCCAAGUUUAUCGAGCAGCAAAACAUGGAGCAGCUGGGCAAGACGAUGAAGAGCCUCCAGGACUUUUACGACGACGCGCGGCUCCACGGCGACGAGUCGAGUCCGUUCGAAGCCGAGUUUGCCGGGUAUUUCAUCCUGCUGCAUCUAGACAAAGACAAAGCGUCCGCUGUGCUCAAGUUCACCAAAAACCUGCCGCGAUCGCUCCUCCAUUCGUCCUUUGUCGAGUUCGCCAUGGCGGCGUUCGUGGCACGGCACACCAACGAUUACGUGACGUUUUUCCGCCUCGUUCAGCGCGCGACGCUCCUCCAAGCAUGCCUCCUUCAUCGCUACUUUCCCAGCGUCCGGUCCGACGCCCUCGGCUGCAUGAACCGCGUGUACCGACACCCGUACCCCCUCGACAGCCUCACGACGUUGCUGUGCUUCGACUCGCCGGCGCACGCCGCCGCCAUCUGCGACUUGCACGGCCUCCCAACGUCUCCCGACGGCGCGGGCGUCGUCAUGGGCGGUGACUCGUUCAAGUCGGACGCGGAACUCCGCGCCAACAACAUUCGGAUUCCCAUCUCGUGCUCGGAAAUGUACGUGAGCGCCAAGCAGCACGACUGGCUCCGCCGCGACGUGUGUCGAGGCGUCACCGAGUACGGCGACGGCGCCUAUCCUGUCUUGCCCAAAACAAUUCAAACGACCGAAGCGGACGAGCGGCGCCGGCUGUACCCGAGUCGACCAGCAUACGAAGACCCGUUCUCCAACUUUGACGGCAACGCCACAGCCAAAGGACCCCAUGAAACAGCUCUCAAGAAGCAGCCCGGUCCAGUUCCAUGGCAGCCUCCGCUACCGCCCCGGGCGGUGCCGUCGCCCCGAGUGACCCCGCCACUUGCUCCGCUUCCUGGACAACCUCCAUUGCCCCAGGCAAGUCCCGGCAAGGCUACGGUGACCACUUGUGGCCGGAGCGGUGUCGUGGGAUCGGCGCCGGCGACCCCUCCAAAGCACAUUCCGAGUCUGACCGAGAUAGAAGAGCGGCAGAAGCAACUGCAGCAGGAAAAGCAGCGGCUGCUCCAAGAAAUCGCCAAGCGGAAAAGUACCAAAGCAGCGGCCGCCCCGCCAAAAUCGCCUGCCGUCCCAGCCAUAACGCCGACAAAACAGCCCCCGCCACUGAAAGUUGCCAAGGAAGCCGCGGCGACGCCUCGCGUGACCGUUGCGGCGCCUCCAGCGACGACCCGUGCGAACGAACCAGUGUCAGCCGACGCCGCAGCGACACAAGCGGCAGAAAAAGCAGCUGCCAUGGCAGCAGAAAAGCAGCGCGCUGCCGACGCCAAGGCAAAGCAAGCGCGCCAAGAAGCGGAAGAAAAGAAAAAACGGGAGCAGCUCGAGUGGAACAAGCAACUCGCAGAAAAGCAGCGACAAGCAGACGAAGCGGCAAAAGCCCGAGAGAUCCAAAAGUUUGGGCAAACAUGGCUCGCCAUCCAUUUUGAAGCGCGCGACCGCGUCGUUGCUCGGGCCGAAGCGCUUGAUUCUCAAGAACGCGACGCGCUGCGACAAGUCCAGCGCCUCGCCGUGCAAAAGUUGCGAUUUGCCAUGUGGCGCCGGUUCGUGCAACAACAAAAGCGCCCUCGCAUCCCUGGAAAUGCCGUGUUUCGACCGUCCGUGGGGCGGUCGCCAGCCGCGCGAGUCGGGGACCCACUCGAAUCGUUUUUGAGCCACUGCCCCCGCCCAGUGCCGCCACCAUGGACGGCAAAAGACGCCACCGCCACCGACGCAUGUUCCCUCGCCAUCGCUGGUCUACAGCGCCAGCUGCAUGCCCCCGUGAAUGCAGCCGCGCUGCUCGCGUCGCGCCUCUGCCAACGACACCCCACGGACACGACGGUGGAGUAUUCGAUCGGGCUCAUGUCGGUGGCGUCUACGGACGAAGCGGCGGCGUUGGACGUGAUGCCAUGGCUCGCCGCCAAAUGCGGCGUCGUGACGCCGCUGGCGACGCCUGUGGUGCACCGGGUGCACGAUCCGCACACGAACCAUGCGUUUAUCCUGCACCUAUCGUCCUUCCCGGCGUCGACGGCGCCUUGUGCUAUCUGGACGGCCGUCGCAUUUCAUUCCGUCGACCAGGUUCGACCGUGGGUGCGUCGAGUGGUCGCGGAGGUGGUAGGUGCAGCUCUUCCCACGGCACCCUCCGUGGACGUGCACCUACUCGCGCUCACCACCCUACCAGCGCAAACGGUUCAGUCGGCAGCGGCGACCGAGCUGGACGCGAUGCCAGCCCAAGUUCACGUUGCAUGGCACGUGGGUUCAUGGGAUACCGCGCACGACACGGUCACGUUGUUGUUAGAGCACAUGGGUGCAGAGGCUGAGCUGCACCCACACUUAAACGCCGUCGUGAGUCUUCGUGACACGAUCGACGACGUGAUCCGCAUCACGCUGCACCAAAGCAGCGUGCUGACGACCCACUUCUCCGACGUUGCCGCGCACCUACACGACGCCCUACAGCUCCUGCACCGCCUGAUUGAAGCCGCAGGUCGCACCGACCCCUUGCAACACUCGUCCCGAACGAUCAUGGAAGCGUUUCUGCAGGCGGUCCCAGCGCCGGCGUCGCAGAGCACCGUCGCUUGGAUCCAGUCCCUGCCGACACUUCCGCCCUCCCAACGAGACCUCGCGCUGCACUUGGUCGACGCCGCGUGGCAGCAUCAAGAGGAUGGCGCGAGUCCAGCCAAGACGAUCGUCGCGACCGUGUUUGCCGUUGUGUUGAAUGGAAUCCCUGGCAUGGACGAUGCCGUCGUCACAUUACCCAAGGCGUGGGUUGUCGAGUGCCGCGCCCUGUUGCAGUCCAUUGCUUCGGACACAUCGCUGCUGUGCCCAACCCAACGCAAGAGCAAGCGGCGCGUGGACGAGGAUCUCUCGACGAAGGCACUGGUGUCCUUGAUGUUGCAGUCCCGUCAAACGAAGAAGCGAGUCGCUCCAACAACCCCACGUCGAACUCGAGCGGGCGACGCGACGACGCGCCAGGCUCUCCAUGCCAAGUGGAAGCAGAGUGCCGCUCGACAACGCGCCGUCCAUGCCCUGGACCGCGAGAAGGCAGCGCAUGCCGCGUACCGCCGCGUCCUACACGCUGCGCUCGAGUCGUGAGUGGAAAACGUCCCGUCAAGAUACUGUGGGAACCUUCCUCGGGCAUUUUCCCACGGAUACGCCGAAUUCCCCUAAAAAAUAGGACAUUUCCCCGUGGCCACGUCAUCGAUGCUUGGUUUCGCCAAUCAAACGCGUCGGAUUCGGUUGGCCGAGACAAGCUGGCGAAUAACUGGUCACGGUAUCCCACGCCAUGUGCGGAUUUCCGGUACACUUGAUAUUUGUAUGCGGCAUACCUCUGGACG